CAUGCGGUUGAUGAAUUUGGCCCAACAUGAGUCGGGUGUUCGAAGACAUAUGUCGGUUACAUUGCUGAUAAGUUGUGACUGCAAGCCAUUUCCCACUCUUCUUGAUUUCCAUUUUCUCGUGCAGGAUUUGUGGAUACUUGCUUUGAGACGAAGUUCACCAGAUCUCGCAUAUCCUCUGAUUAGAUCCCGACGUAGAAUUAGUUGUUUAUGAUUUUCAAUUUACGUUCUUUUCCGCAUGAAGACGAAGGUUUCAGCUGAUAACAGUGUAGAAGGAGUGCCUUCGCAAACAACUGCUGCUACCACGAUUGCAAACACUGCUCAAUCCAGCGUCUGGUCAAUAUGUGAUAUAUCGACCGACCCACAUGUCGAGCUACGAGACAUAACACCGUCAAUUAGUCCUGUAUUUACCGACGAUCAAGUGCACGAGCUGACUCGAAAUCCUGCCGAAGUGGAUGUGUUGAGCGAGCAUUUUCUCCCCCCGGAUACUUUCAAACGGAUCGACGAAGUUCUGAGCUCGAGCGGAGAAACAAACCUUCUCUACACAGAUCCAGAGCUUAGUGACACAUUGAAAGAAAACCACGAUGUUCUUUUAACAGGUGAGCUUGGUUUCCAUGGAACCAUGUUCCCAUCGUUCGAUUCAAUAGUUGAAGCCGACAGGAUACUAAACAAACGAGAUGAAUCAUCUUCAGAAAACAGUGCUGAGGCAAAUGAUUCACAAGCUGGCACUUCCGAUUCUGUUAAUUGGUCUAAGGACAGUGCAGAAUUGAAUGAUACCACAGGGAACCCAGAAGGUGAGAACCAGGAAAGUGACAACAAAGGUCUGAGGCGUUCUCCUCGAAAGCGCGUUCAGGUCAAGAAGGAUUUAGAUGUACCGAAAACAAGCAACCCUGCUGGAAAAUCUAUCUCGAGAGGCAAAGAUAUAUCAAAGCUAAAAUAUGCAAAACAAGCUGAUGAAGGCAAAGAAGAAAAAAAGGAAGUGCGCAGAAGUGGCAGGGCACAGAAAAAAGUGGAAAAGGAUGAAAGUGAUGACGACAAAAAAGGGAAAGACAAAGUUGUAAAUAACAAAAAGAGAAACACAAAGGAAGAUGCAAAGGCACAAAAACCAUCUUCACAGCCAGAGGAUUCCUCUAAAAAUGUGCGAAGGUCACCCAGGAAUCAAAGCAAGGCUUCCAUGGAGGCAAAGCAGAAAGCAAACAAAAAAGCUCCAAGGAAGCGUCAGGAAACAAAUCUUGAAGAUUCUGAAGGAAAUAAAGAAGGGAGCAAUGCCAUUUGUGACGGGAAAGAGCCUGAUAGUAUAACAAACAAUAACAUAGAAGACAAAUCUGAUGAAUCUGGAUCAGAUGCAAAGAGGAAAAACAGGAAAACAGACAUUUCUGAAGAGGUGAAGGGUAGGCCAAAAGAGAAAGCAGAUAUAAGAAAAAGUGGAAGGGUGACAAGAAAUAGAGGAAAGGAAGCUAAUGAAGAAGAAGAGAAGGUGGUUCGUGGAAAGGUUAAAUCAAAGGUGAAUAAAAGUAAAGAAGAAUCUCACAAUGAACCAAACUCUGGUGAAACAAAAGUCAAAGAUAAAAGUGAAACAGAGAUUACAAGUAAUGAGUCAGAUGUAAAAGAAGAUGGCCAAGAUGUUUCUAAGAGGAUUACUGAUAGUUCUGAGGUGAAAGAUGAUGAAUGUGUGUCAUCAACCAAGAAGGAAAGAGGAGGUGACAUACAAGAAAAAGCUGUCAGAAAGAAGACAGUGGAAGUGAAAGUUGAACCAUCAGAAAACAAGGAGAAUGAAAAUGGGAGAAGUAGUAGAAGAAAAGAAAGAAAAUCAGUGGAGAACUCAGUGAAAAGUGUUGAAAAGGGUGAACAAUUGAAAACUUCUAUGGCAAAACAAUCCACAGAAGACAUGCAAAAAACUGAUAAAAGAGAGAGUUUGUCAGGUGAAGAAGAUACAAACUCUGUUAAAGAAGGGAAAAGUGUUGAAAAAUCUGUUAAAAAAGAGACCCUGGCUCGUGAUUUAACAAACAAGAAAGCUGUCAAGGAUUCUUCAGUGGAUCCCAGGCAGAAAGGCUUAAAAGAAAGUCAAGAAGAUAAGGAAUCAGAUGCUGAAAUGGACUCAGAUAAUAAUGAGGAGUUUAAUGAUGACUCAGAUUAUGAUCCAGAGUAUGAUCCAGAUCGUUUGUGGUGUGUCUGUAGAAAACCACAUGGUAACAGGUUCAUGAUUUGUUGUGAUCAUUGUGAAGAGUGGUUUCAUGGAAUAUGUGUUGGUAUAACAAUGACUCAGGGGCGACAAAUGGAGAAGGAUGGUCAAGACUAUGUCUGUCCUAAAUGCAAAGCAAAAAUAGAAGCAACAUCAGAAGUACCAGAGAAAAAGAGCAGGGAGGUGGCCAAUGCUGAAAAUACAGGAGGUAAAACAUCUUCACCGGAACGUCGCCAUCGCAGAAGAGAGCACUCACUUAAAAUGAAGAUCCCGGGUGAAUCAGAGACAAGAAAACGGCGGCAUUUCAGUCUUGGAAAGAAUAGGGAUGAAAUGAUUGAGGAGGAUUUCAGUGGCAAGAAAUCUAGAGACUCUGAAAAAGGGGAAACAAGGGAUGAUAUAAGGAAAAAUGUACCUGAACACAAAGGCUUCAAAAUACCCAAGAAGGUGAGGACAACACCAACUCCAGCAUCAUACAUGCAUCAUCCCACCCAGUCACAGUGUGUGGCUGCAGAUUGUUCAAAGCUUGCUGAUUAUCAAUCUGUUUACUGCAGUUCAGAGUGUAUGCAAAGACAUGCUGAGGAAUCUAUUAAAAUAAUCUUGGAAGAGAAGAAAAAAAGAAUGGGGUGUAAAUCAUCAGUUUCCUCAUCCAAGAAUGUCACAUCACCAACAUCAAAUCUGUUAGGACCAGUCCCCUGGAAUUCUCAAACAGCCCCAGUCUCCUCUCAGCCAGAAUCUUCUCAACUCAAAGAGGGAAUAGCAGUCAUAGAGAGGUCCACUGGGCGGGUGAUUGCGGGUGUGGCAGCACCCUCUCAGGAGGAGUUAGUUGACUGGCUGCAUGAUCAUCCUACAUUUGAGGUGCUGCGGCCAUCAGUCGGAAAAGAUGAGAAAAAGAAAGAGAAAAAAGAAGAUAGUGAGAAAACUGUGAGAGAAAACAUCAGAAAAUCACUAAGGGAGAUUUUAACAACAAGAUCCAAGGAGCAACAGGAUUUGAAUGCAACAGAAGAAGACAUCGAUAAGUGCUCACUGGACGUUGAAAGGGAAAUGUUUUCUUUCUUUGGGGACACAGGGCAGCGCUAUAAGAACAAGUAUCGCAGCUUGAUGUUUAACCUCAAGGAUCCCAGGAACAAGGUGUUGUUUCGACAUGUUCUGUCUGGGGAGAUAACUCUUGAUCGUCUUGUACGGAUGACACCUGAACAGCUCGCAUCACCAGAGCUGGCUACCUGGCGUGAACAGGAAACAAAACAUAACUCAGUUAAAACCACUUCAGAGGUUAACGUAGAGAAAAAUCUUCCAGAUAGCAACACGGUAUCCAGUACCUUGCUUCUCGACACCACUGAUGAACAUCGCAUUCAUCUCUUUGAUCUCAACUGCCGCAUCUGCACUGGAAAAAUGGCGCCCCCAGGGGAGCCCCCGAGGAGAGAAACACCUGCUCCACUUGUAUCAACCACAUCAAUAGUUCAAGCUGUUGCUGAGAGUUCAGUUCCUUCUCCUACACCUAUGGACAUUGUCACCUCCGCGAGCUCACCAGACUCGGCUGUGCAGCCUCCCGUGUCACCCACUAUGCUGGCCAAAACAGCCAAAAAAGUCCCAGCCGUGUGGAAAGGAUUUGUGAUGAUGCAGAGUAUUGCUAAGUUCGGUACCAGUGCUUAUCGUGUAUCGGGGCCAUGCGACGAUUUGCUGCAUUUGUUGCCCGAUACACUACAUGUUCAGGGUCGCAUUGCGCAUGAGCAGGUCUGGGACUAUCUACUGCAACUGAAGAGCUCCACGUCGAGGGAGGUGUGUGUGAUUAGGUACGAGGCUUCCUCUGAUGACGAAAAGCUGAGUUACGUGUCGCUGUAUUCGUACUUUUAUAGUAGAAAGAGAUGCGGUGUGGUUAGUAACUGUUACACUGGAGUCAAAGAUAUGUAUCUGGUACCUCUAGCCUCACAUCAACGCGUACCGCCAGAGCUACUACCAUUUGACGGACCUGGACUAGAUGAUCCCCGUCCUCAUAUGCUCCUGGGAGUAAUUGUCCGAUCCAAGGUAUUGUUCAAGCGCCCGCGUGCACUUAGUCAGCGCUCACUGUCCCCUCCUCCCAAGCGCCGAACCAGUUCAGCGAGUGUGGAGAACAGCAGCAGCGAUGGAGGUGCUGAGGAGAGCCCGACCAGGAAAAGAGAAGUGCUUAGUGAACUUCAUGACUCGCCUCCGGCGGACAUUGAAGAUAUUGUGUUUCAGUACAACACCACUCAAGCUAAGGUCAGCAGUAAGGAGACCAAGGAUUUGUCAGCCAAAGCUUCUCCUGUAUCUGAGACAUCGACGCCUUCAGUAGCUUCCUCCUCUGGAGCGCCGAGCUCUCCUGCUGUUUCUACGAGUAAUUCAUCUGUUCCUUCCCUUGAGGCACAGAAACAGCAGUUACUCGAUCUUCAAGAGCGCGCACGACAGUAUAUCAUGGCUCAGACACAGCGAAAAGAAGUUGCAGCUAUUGACCAUUCAACCACCGCUACUAGUGAGGAUAAACCGGAUAUUCCAUUUCCUGUUGCAAAUGAUCCAGAAAAUGACAAAAGCAGAAGUGUAGACGAUGAUGCACCGUAUGAUCCCGAGGAACAUUUACUUCUUGAUCUUAAUCCUUCUACGCACACUCCAACCAAACCUGCAGUAUCUGUACCACCAGAGGAGCCAUCUAAACCCUCCAGUCUUCAAAUGUUGGUCUCCACUCUUCAAAGACUUCAAGGUGCUGGCAGCAAAAGUUUAAGUCCGCAUUUAACAGCUCUUUCUUCAAUUCUACCAUUGGGGGCAACCUCCGGAUCCAAAGAAGAAGUUAAUCAAGGAAACGAGACCACUGCUGUAGCUACGGCAGGUACCAUUAACCAGUCGUCUAUCUCGGCUAGCUCGAAAAGUCCGUCCAUUGUAUCAGGUAUCAGCAUACUGCAACUCAUUGGGCCAGUCAGCAGUGGAUUGGAAGCAAUAUCCUCUGACAGCACAUCCUAUCCUACAGCUACUGCAAGCCAUGUGUCAACGCCUAUAAGUACGGCCAAGCUACAUCCGGUUCCGUCCAGUUCAACCGUACAUCUACAGCUUUCCGCGCCUGCAAGCCGUGCGCCAUCAGCUGUGGAUGAAGGUGUACAGAAGUCUUUAAGUGGAAACGUAACGCAGCAGUACAGCGGUCUUCGACCAGAAGAGCGUGCGCGGCUGGCGGCGCGCGAAUCACGCAUAGAGUCGAGGGAAAAUAGACGAUUAUCAAGCGAACGCAGAGGUGAAUCACAAGAACAAAGAAGGUUGGGCGACAGAGAGAGGGAUGGUUGGCACGAUAACCCGCGUUUCCCACGGGACUCCAGGCCUUCCGGUUCGUUUGAGUCGCGUAACCCUCGGGAUUCCCGAAGCGACUGGCGGGAUCAACACAGGUCCGGACGGCUUUGGUACGAGGAUGAACAUCGGCGAGACAGACACUCCCAACCGAUAGACGAACGACCAAGAUACCAAGAACGGAGAGACGAAAGAAGAUUCAGGGGGAAUUGGGGUCGGGAGAGGUGGAGGCGGUGACUGCACAAAGUUGUUUAAAAUACUGUUACUGAAAGUUCGCAAAAGUUUAACUGUCCUCAAGAGAAUUUGUAUCGUGAAUAUCCCAAAGGCUCUCCGCUGGGAUGCCGCAUGUAGUUUUUUUUCAAAAUGGUUCAAACGUGUUGUUUUGACUAGAGACUUUUAGUUCGGUGGGCUAUAAUUUUUGUACAUAGCAGGUAGAUGUUUUUACAGAUAUAUAAUGCUGUAGAGUUUUAUCAGAGUGGUUCAUGUGUUGUUUCUCUAACGUCCAAUAAAAUUUGUUGGUCUUCUA